CUAGUUUCUACUAUAGUCAAUCAUCAAACAAAAGAAGCAAUAUUAUUCUUCAUUGGCCAUGGAAAUAUAAAGGGGUAUUCUAAUCAGAUGCUAAAUUAAUAUUUUAGUUCCUCUUCUCCCUUCUUUUUGUUAUUAUUUUCUUAUCACUCGAGGAAAUGAGUAAGAUAUUGUCAUUAUUCUUCAUCAUUGCUUCCCAUUUGUUCGUCUCUGGAGUGACGUCGAAGAACAUAACCAUAGAGAACAAAUGCGAUUACACCGUGUGGCCUGGAUUCUCCAACUCUUUUAAUGAUUUCGGCACCACUGGAUUUGCUUUAGAGAAAGGAGAGUCGCGUGUUAUCCUCGCGUCGCCGUUUGGGUCAGGUGCGAUAUGGGGUCGAACGCUCUGCUCGAGAAACUCAACAGGCAAAUUCUCGUGCGCUACGGGAGACUGCGGCUCCGGUGAAAUUGAGUGCGGCAAGUACGGCCAAUCCCCAAGGAAUAUGACUCUAGCGGAGUUUGAAACGAACAACGGGACUGUUGACUUGUACCGCGUCAAUGUCGUCUACGGUUUCAACCUUCCCUUGUUGGUGGUCCCACAAAGAAGCCCCUAUGGUCGAGUAUGCUCCAGGGUGGGUUGCGAUGUCGUUAACCUGAACCAGGCUUGUCCGUAUGACCUUAUGGUGCUCGAUGCCGAGGAACGGCCAAUCGCAUGCACUAACCCGUGCGAGUCAUCAUCAGGUUGCACGUCGUCUUCUUACUCGGAAAGCUUCAAGGUCCCGUGUCCAGAAGCUAAUUUCGACUUUAGUUACGACAACUACGUGGCAUGCACAGGCUCCAUCGACUACGUCAUCACCUUUUGCCCUUCCUUCACUCCAGUCCCCACGAGACGCAUAAAAAGUGAAACAAAAAUUGAAACUCUUGGAUUCACCAAUAAAAAAACUACAACAGAAGCAAAACAUGAUAAGUCUCCACUGAAGUUAAAAGUCAUACUCGGUAUCUCAACAGCAGCUUUACUUGUGAUGAUCAUUAUUGUUGCUGCGAGUACGGUAGUGGUGAGAGCAAAGAAUCCUAGAAGAAAGAGUGAUUGGAACGGCGAAAACAUUGAAGCAAUCGUAAUGUUGAAACGAUAUAGUUAUGCCAAAGUCAAGAAGAUGACAAACUCAUUCGCGCAUGUUCUCGGGAAAGGAGGAUUUGGAACCGUAUAUAAAGGAAAACUACUCGAUGGAAGCGGUACAGAUUUUGCAGUGAAAAUCUUGAAGGAUUCGAAGGGGAGUGGGGAAGAAUUCAUCAAUGAAGUAGCUAGCAUGAGUAGAACCUCUCACGUUAACAUCGUUUCUCUACUUGGAUUCUGCUAUGAAGGAAGCAAAAGAGCUAUAAUCUAUGAGUUUAUGCCAAAUGGGUCACUCGACAAAUAUAUUUCAGAGAAUAUGUCAACGAAGAUGGAGUGGGAAACUUUAUACAACAUAGCCGUAGGUGUUGCUCGAGGGCUAGAGUACUUGCACAACCGUUGUGUAUCAAGGAUUGUGCAUUUCGAUAUAAAGCCACAAAACAUACUUAUGGACCAAGAUCUUUGUCCGAAGAUUGCAGAUUUUGGUCUUGCUAAGCUUUGCAAAAAAAAGGAGAGUAUCAUCUCGAUGCUCAAUGCAAGAGGGACCAUAGGGUACAUUGCUCCCGAAGUGUUUUCAAAAAGCUUGGGAGGAGUUUCUUAUAAGUCGGAUGUGUAUAGUUUUGGAAUGGUGGUUCUUGAGAUUGUGGGAGCAAAGAAUAGAGAAAUGCUUGAAAAGUCCGGAUCUAACAACAGUUCUAUGUAUUUUCCGGAUUGGAUUUAUAAAGAUCUUGAGAGGGAAGAGACCAUGAAGAUUUUUGGAGAUGAAAUGUGUUUGAUCCAAAAAUGGUGUUUAUGCUGGUGAUGUUUGUUGA